AUGUCAAAGAGAAAAUACGAAUCCGGUGCUUCAAAAAGGAAACGAAAAAUGCAAGAAGAAGCUUUUAUAGAUAAACAAAAAGGGUCGUUUUUAAAAUAUUUAACUACAAACAAAAACAUUGAUAAUGAACAACAACAAACUAAUGUUGAUUAUGAACAAGAACAAGCUAAUGUUAAUAAUAAUGAUCAUGAACCAACUAAUCUUGAAAAUGAUAAUGAACCAACUAAUACUGAAAAUGGUAAUGAACAAACUAAUAGUCAAAAUAAUAACGAACAAACUAAUAUUGAAUUUGAUAACGAACAAACUAAUAGUGAAAAUGAUAACGAUCAAAGUAAUAUUGAAAUUGAUAACGAACAAACUAAUAGUGAAGAUGAUAACACACCUUUAAACAUAUAUGAUCCAAGUAGAUGGAAUAAUAUUAGUACUAACUUAAGAGAUUUAAUCGUAGAAAAUGGUCCUAUUAAGAUUUAUGAUUUUAAAUUUCCAAAAGAUCAACAUUCAAGAAGCUUUAGUACAUCUCUUUAUAUGCAAAAAAUACCAAAUGGAGAAAAAUACGAACGAACAUGGUUGGUUUAUUCCAUAGAUGUAGAUAGAGUUUUUUGUUUUUGUUGUAAAUUAUUUAAUGUGAAUACAUCUACAUGUUCGUUAGCACAUAAAGGUAAUAAUGAUUGGAACAAUAUUUCUAGUAUAUUAAAAAGACAUGAAGCAAGUAAUGGACACAUUCUUAAUAUGAGGUCAUGGAUUGACUUAGAAACUAGAUUAGCAAAUAAUAAAACAAUUGACAAGCAAAUCCAAGAACAAAUAAAUAAAGAAAAAGAACAUUGGAAAAACGUGUUAAUAAGAAUCAUUGCUGUAGUAAAAACUUUAGGAAAAAAUAAUUUAGCAUUUCGUGGAACAAAUGAAAAGAUUUAUGAAGAAAAUAAUGAAUUUGAUCUUAUUAUGCAAGAACAUAUUAGGAGAAUUAAUGACAAUGAAAUUCAUAAUCAUUAUCUUGGACAUAAUAUGCAAAACGAACUUAUUAGUUUAUUAGGAGAAGAAGUUAAAACUAAAAUUAUUAAAAAAGUAAAAGAUGCUAAAUACUUUUCAAUAAUACUUGAUUGUACUCCUGAUACAAGUCAUAAGGAACAAAUGUCAAUUAUCUUACGAUGUUUAGAUCUUUCAACCACUCCAAUAGAAGUUAAGGAGUACUUUCUAGGAUUUUUAGUUGUAGAUAAUACAACCGGUAAAGGCUUAUAUGAUGCUAUAAUUGAUGAAAUUAAAAAUAUAGGACUAGAUAUAAAUGAUGUUAGGGGUCAAGGUUACGAUAAUGGUUCAAAUAUGAAAGGAAAACAUCAAGGUGUACAGAAACGAUUGUUAGAUAUUAACCCUAGAGCAUUCUACACUCCUUGUGGUUGUCAUAGUUUAAAUUUAGUAAUUUGUGAUAUGACUAAUUCGUGUGAAAAAGCUAGUGAAUUUUUUGGAGUUAUACAACGUAUAUAUACAAUAUUUGCUUCAUCAACUCAAAGGUGGAAAAUAUUACAAGAUAAUAUAUCAAACCUAACACUUAAAUCAUUAUCGCAAACUCGUUGGGAAAGUAGGGUAGAAAGUGUAAAAGCAAUUAGAUUUCAAGCACCACAAUUAAGAAAAGCACUUUUACAAUUAUCUAAAAAUUAUGGAGAUCCAAAAAUUAAAAGUGAGGCUAAAUGUUUAGCUACAUAUGAACUUGAAAACUAUGAAUUUUUAUUAGGAAUGAUUAUUUGGUAUGAUGUUUUGUUUGCUAUUAACACUGUUAGUAAAAGCUUGCAAUCAAAUGAUAUGUGUAUCGAUGAUGCUAUAGAUCAACUAAAUGGACUUUUGUGUUUCUUUGAAGAAUAUAGAGAAAACGGAUUUGAAAAGGCUUUAGAUUAUGCAAAAGAAUUGGCUUUAGAAAUGAAUGUAAAACUAGAAUUUCGUGAAAAGCGUAUCAUUCAAAGAAAUAGACGAUAUGAUGAAAAUGUUGCUAAUGAAACUAUUAAAACUCUUAUUCAGUUAUUUAAAACUGAUUACUUUUUAUAUAUAGUAGAUAAAGCCAUUACUUCACUUAAAAUAUGGAAAAAUUAA